AUGCAUGUAGCAGAGAAGGGAGAGGGGCCGGUGGUGCUCUUCCUUCACGGGUUCCCGGAGCUCUGGUAUUCAUGGACCCACCAGAUACUCUCCCUCGCCGCCCGUGGUUACCAUGCCGUCGCCCCCGACCUCCGCGGCUAUGGCGACACCGAAGCGCCGACCGACAUGGCCGCAUACUCUAUCUUCCAUAUCGUCGGAGAUGUUGUUGCCCUCAUCGCUUCGCUCGGCCAGGAACAGGUCUUUGUGGUGGGGCACGACUGGGGAGCUAUUGUGGCGUGGAAUCUGUGCGCUUUCAGGCCGGACAAAGUUGAGGCUCUAGUCAACUUGAGCGUCCCCUUCUUUCCUAGAAAACAGGCUCUGUGGCGCACCGACACUUUGAGGGCCAUGUACGGCGACGAUUUCUAUGUUUGUCGAUUUCAGGAAGCUGGAGAAGUGGAAGCUCAAUUAGCCGAAAUUGAUACAGCGCAGUUCUUGAAGGGUUUGUUAGCCUCCCGCGAUUCAAGCCCUUUUCUCAUACCAAAAGAUGACAGCUUUAAAGAAAGAUUUAGUAAAGAAAUCCCGUUGCCUGCUUGGCUUUCUGAAGCUGAUAUC